UUCCAUAGGCCGGAGAGACUAAAUUAUCGUUACAUCCUUAUAUAGACCAGAGUUAUUUACAGGCUUUAUUAUUUCAUUGAAGCGCCCAGAGAAUGUUAAAUUUAGACCUAGAUCCAGGACGUUUGUUUCGGGAUUUCAAUUUCUUCGUCCCCACUCCUCCCCGCCCAAUCCUUUUUCGAACCUCCCAGCCUCCCUAUUUGGAAGCGCGAUGAAACCCUAGCAAGAACGCUUUGCGAUCUCCGUCCAAUUCGCCAUGGACGACCGGUAUAUCGACGACGCCGAGCUCUGGGCCGUCAUCGACUCCGCCGCCGCCUCCCGGUCCCGCAAGCCCCUCCUCGCCCUCAAGAACUCCAACUCCAUGAGCCCCGGCCCCUAUCCCACACCUCCGAAGCCAUCCAGAAACCCUAGGGCCCAUCUCUUGGCAGUGGAGGAGGUUAAGGCUCCGGCGGACGGGGAAGUGGUGCAGGAGGAGCACUGGGCGCACCACCGGCCGCCGAAGAUGGCGAGGGUCGUGGAUCCUGGGGCGAGUAACGAUCGUCGGAUGGUUGUCGUCAAGCAUCCGUCCCGGAUGCCGUCGCCGUCGUCUGGGGUGGUGAAGGAGUUGGGCCCGGUGGUCGAGAGCCCGCCGCCACCUGAUAGGUGGCAGAGCGAGCAGACGGAGAACCUGAAUCACAGCUUAUUUGGGAAAUUCCCCUCUGUGUCUUCAUUCAAGCAGUACCAAAAUGCAGCGAUGGCGAUCCUAGAGAAAACUGAUUAUGUCAUGAUAUCUGGGAAUCCGUAUAUUAAGAAAUCAGGAUGGAGGAAGAUAUCAUUUUUCUUCAAUCUCUCAUUUGAAAUCAAAGAGAAAUCCAUUGAAUUUGAUGAAAAUCGGAAUGUUCAGCGUGCAGAGUUUGUUGUUCGGGCAUUCAUGCAAGGUGGAAGGUUCUCGGAUGGGUGGGGUUCUUGUGAACGACGUGAGAAAAGGUUCUCGAAACCAAACCAUGAUAUUCCCAGCACAGCUGAAACCAGAGCUAAAAAUAAAGCUUGUCAAGACCUUCUUGGUAUUGGAGAAUACCGACCGGGUGUAAUCAAUGGCUUUCGGUAGGUGCAACAUUUAACAUAACGCUGAUAUUGUCGUCUUCAAGUUCUCAUAGAACUUGUAACCGUUGUUGGGUGGAAAGUAUUAUCUGAUCAAUUCGAAAAUGUUUUGUUGGAUCGUAAAAAGAGAGAAGUGAAACCAUUGAAAAACAACAAGGGCCAGUUCUGUGUGCAAUAGUAGAUUCCCGCCCAUUGAAGUCCAGGGAUUGUCAGCAAAGUUUGUUCUUUGCUUCUUUUCCAGGAAACAGCACUUCGCUGUUGCAUCAGCUGGUGUUCGCUUGGAAAUUUUCAAACCAAAAAAAGAAAAGAAAACCCCUUUUGUUAUUGGUUUUUUUUUGUUCUUUUUUGGUGCAAUCCUUUUGUUAUUGCUAAGGUACGAUUUCAUAAAUUGAUGCUAUCUUGACUGCGU